UUUUCUCGCGCAUGCCCAGUUGACCAUCUCCACGCCAGCCGCAAAGCGAAAACAUUGGACAGCAGUGAGGAGCAGCCCCCUUUCCUGUCCCCCCCAAAAAGCUCCCCUCUUGAUGCAGUGUUUUUGAUGUCCAUAUCACCAGAACUUUGAAAUCAACCUUAUCCACAUAAAUGAAGCCUCAUGCAGCCUUACUUUCAGCCACAGUUAUGUUCCUGCAGAGCAUGCGCUUCAUCGCUCAAUCUGAAACCUAGUAGAAAAGAACCCGCAUAGUCUUUUGCAAUGGACAACCUCAUAGAUUUUGAGAUGCCCUCUGAGGCUACAACUCUUAAUGUGGCAAGAGAAACCCCCCCUGGGUAUUCAGACUUUUUGUCCCCAGGGCACCCGUCCUCCAGAUUUCCUCAGAAACCCUUAUUACCUGAGACCAUAGCACCCACAAAGUCAAGCUCACAUCACCAUCCUGAAGAUGAAGAGGAAAACCAAAGCGAUGCAACAGAGUCUGCAGACAGUGAGAAUGACAUGGACCCACCCUCAACUAUGUGGGAGCUGAGACGGUCUUCAUCCUCAUCUGUUCAGAGUAGUGAGGAGACUGAUGCUGAGGUCUUAGAGAGAAGGGAGUUCAUGAAGACAUAUGUGGAGAAAGUGUUUCAUGGAAGGCAGGACUUGGACCAAGAAGAGAGAGCUCGUUUCGGAGAGCUAUGCACUGGCGAGAAUGGCAAAGGCAGGGAAUGGUUUGCUAAAUACGUUAGUGCACAGCGCUGCCACUCCAAAUGUGUGAGUGAAGCUACCUUCUACCGACUGGUGCAGUCAUUUGCGGUCGUGCUGUUUGAAUGUUACCAAAUGGAUGACUACAGCCCAGCCAAAAACCUCAUGACUAUGUGCUUUACGUACUACUAUAGUGGAAAGUCCCAGCCAUCUCCUUCUGAGCUGCUUGAUCGAGGUGGUCCUCCAGCUAGUAUGGACUCAUACUUAAACAAGGCCAACUCCUGGCUCUCUGGUAAGAAGGAUGCUGCUGAGCGCCUCCUUAAAAACUCAUCGAAGACUGACGUCAAAGGAUUUUUUGGAGGCCUAGAAAGCAAACUUAGAAGCUCAAUAACUCAGAAGACAGAGGAUGGUGAAAAUUCAGUUGAGACCAAACCCAAAUCGCCAGUGUCCGAGGCACCAGAGGAAAAAAAGGGAGAAAAAGUUUACCUGUACACCCAACUGAAGCAGCAACCCAUCUGGCACACAUUGCGAUUUUGGAACGCCGCAUUCUUCGAUGCAGUUCAUUGUGAGAGGAAAAAGAGGUCACCAACAACAAGGGAAACGCAAGAUGGAGAGAAAGAUAAGAGGGAAAAGUGGUGUCACAUGACCCAGGAGGAAAGGGACGACACCUCCAAAAUGGAUGAGAAUAUUGCCUUUGGCCAGCUGGGGACAUUUACUCACAACAUGCUGGCAUUUGGGCUCAGUAAAAGAUUGUGCAAUGAUUUUUUGAAAAAGCAGGCUGUCAUUGGAAACCUGAAUAAAGAACAGUACAAGUUGUUAAGCGACCAUAUUGAGAAAAUGGCAACAGAGUGAGUGUCAGGACAACAUGCUGAGUUUCAAAGUCUGCGAUCUUCGCAUGAGCCAUGCCUAAUCAAUGUCAACUGGAAUUUUGAAACGCAUUACUGUAGUGAACUACUGUAUAUCAUAGUUGUAGCAAAGCCUGUCCGUCCAGUUUGGUUGUGCUCUCCUAAGCACACCCUGCAUCAGCAAUAAUCAGCUGGUUCAGCUUCAAUGUAUAGUGUAACAAGUCUGUGUGUACCAGUAACCUGAAAAUCCUAUCUGCUUCUGUGUUGUAACUAUACAGCUCAGCAUAGGUUUAGUAUACAGUGCAAUGACCUCUAAUAACUGUUUUCAUCUGAUACUACCAAUGACUGAGUAUAUUUUUCCCAUUACGAGCUCUCCAUAACAUUUACAAGUUCAGGGAUUGCUUUGACAAAAAUAAUGCAUCUAACUGUCUGAGUAGCAUUUAAAGUAGAGAAAAGUUUGUUCUGAAAACUGUCCCUCCAUUCAUACAAAUAGGGACAUUUGUGAUUGAAGUGUGCCAAUUUUAAAAAAAUAAUGACAUUAAAAUGGAUCUAUGGCCACUGUAAAGAUAGCAUAAAGACUGUUCAGUUCAAUCAUCUAGUUGUUACAAAUUGUCUGACUGCAUUAGUUACAAAGUGAGAUCUGACCGUUACAACAGUUGGGCUUAAGUUACUAGCCUAGUAAAACUGCACUGUGUCAUUGUCGAUCAUCAUCAUGUUUAAGGAGUAACACUAUGAGAGGUCUUUUUUUAAAAGAAAAUGUCGUCAUCUUUUCAGAACAAAUUUAUAAUUUUAUGAGAAUAAAGUGGUAAUAUUACAGAACAUAAAGGUGUGCCUGCAUUAGCAUGGGGAUUGCCAAGAAUGCUUUCAGUUUACACUUCAGAAUACAUUUAACAAACAAUCAAAUAGUUAUUGUUUUGUGGCAUUAACACCAUUGUUAGUCAGAGCAGUGUAAAUGUGAUAGUUUUUUAUUGUCUCUUUGUGUGAAACAAUGUCAACCCUUUUAUUUAUUUUUUUUAGGGUGGGGUUAGUCAUCAUGAUUGGUAAUUGUUCUAAACAAAUAUUUAAUAGUGUUACCCAAUGAACAUCUCGAGAGAAAGAUUUGGCCUGCUGGUCUCUCAGACUCUGGAUCGUGUUGGAAUCUUGACAUUUACUUUUCACGCUCACAGCUUUAUUAAAUAAGCAAAACACAACCGCGUGUGAAACAAAGCUCGAACAUAAAAUAAUAAUAAAUAAAAUACUAUUUUAAGAAUACAACUUGUAAGAUUCCACUUUAUUCUCGAAACUUUGACUUUUUGUUUUCAGUGUAGGCCUAAUACUCCUGUAAAUCCAUAAAAUAUAAUGUAGUGCAAGGCUCUCUAAAAUUUCUGUUUAGCUCCUGUCUUUGUGCUAAAUUAUAACAAGUCAAACAAAAGUGUGAUGAAAAACGAUCUUGUGUAACUCCACAAUAAAUCCAUCACCAAAAAAGGAUCCCUUUAAAGAUUUUCCUUGAAUAUCUCUAUUUAUCUAAUUAAAUAUUUCUUUGUAUUUUUUUAUUCAUGCCUUUUAAUUGGACAAACAAGUCCUGAUAAGUUGCGAUUGGCUGGUAACCAGUUCAGGGUGUAGCAAAGCCCGUCUCUCGCCCGGAGAAAGCUGGGAUAGGCUCCAACACGCCCGCGACCCUAGUGAGGAGAAGCAGAACGGAAGAUGAAUGAAGUCUUGAUAAGUGUUGAUUUAAGAAGAGUGACUGACUAACAUUUGACAUUUGUGCCAUCCUCGAGUAGUGCACUACUACUGUAGCAAUAUUCUUCACUGGAAGCACAAUAUGUGCUUUUGAAUGCUUGUUAAUAUUCGAGAGUAGUAAAUAAUUUGUCUUAUGUAAUUCAGAUGAAGUCAUUGUGCAAAAUAUAGUGGCCAUUUUGUUAGGCUUUAUCAUGUCCUACGUUCUGUGAAUUAUUCAGCUAUAUUUGUACAUGUGGUUAUGCUCCAUUAGGAAUAUUAAUGUGUAUGAUCCGGAUGUCAAACUGCAAACAACCCACCAUUGUUGUCCAUGCUCAUUUCAAAUACUGUUUUUUGUUUGAUGAAUGCAUGUCUUUACAAUUUGUUGUACAUCCCAUACAGAAUACCCUUCAGCUUCUUUGCCCGAUUGCACUGUUUUAUAUGAUUUUCAAUCAUGUCACUUUUGUGCACAAAUGUUGGCCACUUAAAAACUAGAAUAAUAAUUUGAAAACCUGUUAUUUUUUGUUUGUCUUUUUAUUCUGGUGGGAGAUUGACUUCUUUAUAUAUGUGGCAGCUUUAGGAUGUUUUUUUUUUUUUUUUUUUUCCCGUUCAUCGCAUUACCUGUGUUGAUAUGGUGUUUGAAGUAUUUAUAUACAGUAGUCUACCUGUACAGUACAUUCAGUAAUACCCUGCCUUUACAUUUGAUACCAGUUUCAGGAAUCCAACCAGUUCCCCCUGAAUCAUAAUGCCUUGUUCUGUUCAUAUCAGUGCACCUACAGUAUGUUUCAAAGUGGUGUGCUGUAAAUAAAGUAAGCAUCUUUAUAGCUGUUUAGAAUGCGGCGCUGCCACUCAUAGCACUGCAUACUAUUUUGAGUUCCGAGAAACAUUAAUGAAUAUAGAAUUCAUGAACUUGGCACUCACGGCGGAGAACACAAAGUGAAUAUUUCAACUGACUGCAGCUCCUGUGUUAUCAGACAUUUGUUCAGGUAUACAUAUUGUUUUGUUGAAUGUUUUCGUAUGCAUGGACAUGUCUGUGUUGAAUCACGAUGCUGUAAUAAAUGUAUUUUUAUGGUGA